AUGCAGCAGGAGCCUUCCUAUACUGUUCUCCCUGACUUCUCAGCUGGAGCUUAUAUUGUAGGGGCCAUUAACUCAGAGUUGUACACGUUUCCUGAAAACAAAAGUGAGAUGAAUUUUCCUGAAGGCAACGGCCGCCUCUGUUUUUCUGUAGAAUAUGAGCAGGAGUCAGAAAGGCUCCUCAUCUCCUUGAUCAAAGUCAGAAAGUUGCAGCCUCCUGCUGAUUCCUGUAGUCCGUUUGUGAAAAUAUACUUGCUGCCUGACGAAAGAAGCUACUUGGAGUCUAAAACAAAACACAAAACCCAUAACCCACUGUUUGAUUAAAACUUUGUUUUUCAGGUUUCCAGUAAAAUGUUGCUCCAAAGGACUCUAAAGUUUUUGGUUUAUCAUGUUGAAAAACAGAAGAAGCAUCACCUCCUAGGCCAAGUUAUCUUCCCACUGAAAAAUGAAACAUUAACUAAUGACAACAAACUAGUCAUAUGGAGAGAUCUGGAGAAAGAAAACUUAAAGCCUUCUUCAGAUUAUGGUGAUAUCCAGUUCUCCCUCAGCUACAAUGACUACUUGGGCCAUCUCACUGUAGUGGUUCUGAGAACAAGGGGAUUAAAGCUCCAGGAGGAGAGCCAUGCUGUCACUAAGUGUGUGUAUGUCAAAGUCUCACUAAUGAACCAUGAUAAAAUAAUCAAAAGUAAAAAGACAGCAGCUGCUCUAGGAUCUCCCAAUCCAGUGCAAACCUUCAGUUUCAAGGCAGAUCAGACAGAGCUGGAUACAGCAAGCCCGUCUGUCUGUGUUGCAGAUUUAGAGUGCAAGCAAUGGGGAACACAUCUGCUAGGACAUGUAGCAGUUGGGCCUUUCAUGUACACUCGCGGCAAAGAACUAGAACACUGGAAUGAAAUGGUCACCAAGCCCAACGAGUUGGUGAAAUGAUGGCAUGCUCUCUUCCAUAGCAUGUAA